AAAACAUACCGCAGCUCGUCGCCUGCCGCCUGGUAUAUCGGUAUCAAAUAUAUUGGAUAAAAACGGCGAAAACUGUAACAAAGAAAAAAUCUAAAAUCAGAACGAUGAUUUCAUCCGCAACCUUAACUCUAUCGAACAUCCCACACAAGUCAUCACCGCCCGCCGGCUCGUCCAUUCCUCACCCUGAAACCAAAUCUACCCCUGCUUCACCGACCCCCUCCGAACCUUCAUCUCCUCAGGCUCGGCGAAUCAAAUCAAGCCCUCAGCUAACCCGUUGGUCCAGGGCUCGCGCCAUACGGUCCGGCCGAAGACUGAGCCGCCCGGUUCCACAACCAACUGGUGAAAUGGAGUAUUCCUAUUCUGCAUUCCAAGAUAGAAACAGUAGUAAUGGAAGUGAUCUCGGGACACUUUCUCCUAGUAGUGAUAGCGGAAUUGACGGGGAGCAUGUGAAGGUCGUGACGGCGGGGGGUAAGUCCAUAUACAUGGUAUCCGAUGGAACGGGGUGGACAGCGGAGCACGCCGUUAACGCUGCGUUGGGUCAGUUUGAGCACUGCUUGGUGGAUCGGGUUUGCCCGGUUAAUACCCAUUUGUUUUCCGGGAUUGAUGAUGUGGAACGCUUGAUGGAGAUAAUUGCCCAAGCCGCCAAGGAGGGAGCAAUGCUUGUAUACACUCUUGCUGAUCCCUCGAUUGCUGAAUCUGCCAGACAAGCCUGUCGGCUUUGGGGUGUGACAUCUCUUGAUAUACUUGGACCCAUAACGGAGGCAAUUGCUUCCCAUCUUGGUGUCUCACCUUCUGGCAUUCCGCGCUGGGCUCCCGGUAGGAACUCCUCGCUUGGUGAGGAGUACUUUCAAAGAAUUGAGGCAAUUGAGUUCACUAUAAAGCAAGAUGAUGGAGCCCUGCCUCAAAAUCUGCAUAAGGCUGAUAUCGUUCUAGCUGGCGUAUCCCGUACUGGGAAGACACCAUUGUCUAUUUAUCUAGCACAGAAAGGAUACAAAGUGGCAAAUGUGCCACUUGUGAUGAAUGUAGAGUCUCCAAGGAGUCUCUUUGAGAUUGACCAGGAGAAGGUAUUCGCGUUGACUAUAAAUCCUGUUGUCCUACAAACAAUCAGAAGAGCAAGAGCAAAGAGCUUGGGGUUCACUGAAGAUAUACGAAGCAACUAUUGUGAAAUGGACUAUGUCAAAGUAGAGCUGGAGUGCGCCAGUAAAAUCUUUCAGCAAAAUCCCGUCUGGCCAGUGAUUGAUGUCACCGGGAAAGCAAUUGAAGAAACAGCAGCAAUUAUACUGAGGCUCUACCAUGACAGGAAAAAUAAAUGCUCAAUGCCAAGAAUUUCCAAGCGCUACUAAAUAUGAGAAUUUUUGUUCUCAAACAUGAAUAAGAAGGAUUCUCAUCAGGACAACUAAGAAAUUCAGUCUUUAUUACCUAGAAUGCACGGUGGGAAUUCUAACAGUAUUUACUUUGUAAAUAUAACAUAACUGGUUGUGACAUUAUUGUAUAAUGAAAUAAAGUUGUUUGCGCCAGAAUUUGUUA